AUGGAUAAUACGGCUUUGUUGACGCGUGGUGAUAAUGUCUACAAUAAAAAACGCGGACGUAAGCAACGCCAGGAAGAAAUUGUUUUCGACAAGGAACAAAGACAGGAAUAUUUAACUGGGUUUCACAAGCGAAAAGUAGAGCGUCAAAAACAUGCUCAAGCUGUCGCUGAAAAGCAACAACAAGAAGACAAGCGUGAAAUGCGAAAAUUGGUCCGACAACAGAGAAAACAGCAACUUCAAGAGAGAAUUCAAGCUUCCAGAGAAUUACUAGGAGCAGCAGAUAAAUCUAGCUCCGAGGACGAAAGUUCAGAUGGUGAUGAAGCUGAAGAUAAAGUGGUAAUAGAAGACGACGAUGAACCACAAACUCGUGAAUAUGAAGAUGAAGACAAGCACGUUUCAGUUACUAUUCUAGAAGAUGACGGGGAUCAGAGUCCAAAUGAAGAGGAGCUGGCGGAUGGACUUCAUACUCCACAAACUGAUCCUCCGCCAAGUGUGCCAAUUCGUCCUCACAAACAAAAGCAAAAGCAAAAGCAAAAUAGGUUUCGUUAUGAGUCCAAAGAAGAAAGGAAGUUGAAUCAGCGAAAAUCCAAAAUCCAAAAGCUAAAACAUGCCGUCCGUCAUCGUCAUUAA